AUGGAGGUCAUCGUUCUGGGUAGUAUCUUCGGCUACCCUGUUUCACUUUUCGCUGCCGUCUUCUGUUUCUUGUGGCUUGUUUACUUAUGGGAGACCUAUCUAGACCGUCGUCAACGCCAAGUGGUCUUGAACACCUCGGAUGUUCCUUCUGAGCUGGUUCACGUUAUCAACGCCGAUGAGUUUUCAAAAUCGAAGGCCUACGUUCUUGACAAAAUGAUGUUUUCAUUCUUUCACGACGCCUAUGAUAUGUUGGAGGCAACUCUUGUCCUUUGGUUUUCAGUGGUACCUUGGCUUUGGGACAAAGUCACGGAGCACGCAGCUCCGCUAAAUAAAUCCAUCAAGAAUCUCUUGGGUGUUGAUAUAGGGCUAAGUUCGGAAAGCGAAAUAUUAUGCUCGUUGCUUUUCCUUUUCUACGUUUCCCUAUACAAGUUUUUCGAAUCUUUACCUUGGGCACUUUACUAUGAUUUCGUUAUUGAGGCGAGGUAUGGCUUCAACAAACAGACACUACCCUUCUUCCUUUGGGAUCGUCUCAAGGCUUUUGUAUUGUCUAUUCUUAUAGGGUUUCCCAUAGUGUCUGGAUUGAUUUGGAUUAUUAAAGCUGGUGGUCGCCACUUCUACGUUUACGCAUACGUAUUUACGCUCAUUAUAACACUGUUUUUGAUGUUCAUAUACCCGGAAUUCAUCGCCCCACUUUUUGAUCGCUACGUUCCACUUCCUGAAGGAGAACUGCGAACAAAAAUCGAAGCUUUAGCUGCAAAGAUUUCGUUCCCACUUAAAAAAUUGCUUGUCGUGGAGGGUUCCAAGCGUUCUGCGCACAGCAACGCCUACUUUUAUGGCUUUGGGAAAAACAAACGCAUUGUACUCUAUGACACCCUGAUCCGUGGCUUCAAAUUUCCGGCUAAAGAUGGGUCUACUUCAAAAGCUUCGGGAGAAACCGACGAAGCCUCACGAGGCUGUGCUAUUGAUGAGGAAAUCGUCGCGGUGCUGGGUCAUGAACUAGGGCAUUGGAAGUUAGGACACACACUUAUUAAUUUGGCUAUAAGUCAGUUGAACUUAUUUCUUAUGUUCUUGGUUUUCAGUUCGCUUAUAAACAUAGACAGCAUUUUCACGUCUUUUGGAUUCACCUCAAAUGUUCCUGUGCUUCUGCGUUUGGUUGUCGUUUUCCAGUUCAUAUUCUCUCCCUAUAAUACCGUUGUUGCUUUUCUCAUGAUUAUUUUGUCCAGGCGUCUGGAAUUUCAGGCUGACAGGUUUGCUGUCGAUCUAGGAUAUGGUGCCUACUUGAAGUCAGCUUUAUUGGUCUUACACAAGGACAACUUAUCCUUCCCUGUUUCUGACUGGUUGUAUUCUACGUUCCACUAUUCUCAUCCGCCGAUACUGGAGCGUCUUGCAGCUCUUGAUGUUCUGUUAAAGAAGAAA